AUGCAAACUCCUCCUACCACCACCAUCCCCAUCACUGUCACCACCCUUUGUGACCACCACCUCACAAACACGUCCGUGCUGCAUCGUCUCACUGCCACGUUGUUGACAGCGACAUGGCAACGAGCAUUCAUCGCUCUGGGUUAUUCUGUGCACAACCACAACCAGGCAGCAGUAAACCCCUUGCUCACUACCCUCGAGACCGGUCUGGGACUGGUCUGGUUCAGUCCAGUUUUUUGCCCCGAAAACAGGCAACCGUGGACCGCAACCAGUCUAGGACCGACCCAGAUAUUGAGGGAGCCGAACCGAACCACCUAG